AUGACAGAUCUGGAGAGGAUGCUUGGCCUCGCGGAGCCUCUACCGAAAACCGUGGCCCAAAAGUUCACGACCGCCUUUCACGCCAAGGAUAUCGUUUUCUCUCAGACAAGCCUCGCACAUCUUCGUGCCAGAGGUGGAGCUUUAUUUCAACUGCGCUACUGUCCGGCCCUGAAGAAGAAGCCGCAAGGGAAUGAUUCGGGCCCCAGACCGAAGUCAACCGGGACCAAGUUUGAUCCUUUUGCGGCUCCGGCCCCAGAGCUUCUCAUCGCUCAAAUUCCAGUCCCAAGCGCAUCUCAUACAUUAGUCCUGAACAAGUACCCGGUCAUUCACAAUCAUUUCAUCAUCGCUACCAAGGACAACAAGCCCCAAACAGACCUUUUGGAAGAAGAUGACCUGGGCCUUACCUAUGCCUGUCUGCGCGCCUGGCAGACUCACCAGGACGAGGGACGCUCCUCACGCCUUUUUGCUUUCUUCAAUUCUGGGGAGCACAGCGGGGCUAGCCAGGUGCACCGUCACUUGCAAUUCCUUCCCGUCGAGGACAUGGCGAGCUCUGACAACCCAGAAUGGGGCCUUCUCAUUGACCGCAUGAACACCCGAGUUCACCCAACGAUGCCACUGUUUCAGGAUCCUCACUUACCGAUCUUGCACUUCUCAACUCCACUGGAAGAAGGAGUCUCACCAGCAGAAUUGCAUAGCAAAUAUUUGUCGCUGAUGAGAGCAGCUUUGGUCGCCAUCCAACGUACUGACCAGCAUGGGGAUGGGGAUCUAGCAGUGGAAAGGAACGGUCAAACGCUCCUCUCGUACAACCUUGCCAUGACCACUGACAGGAUGGCGAUCUGUCCCCGUCGCCAAGAAGCAACAGCCAUUCCUGGAGCUGGCGCAGAAAGUUCAGUGGCAAUCAACGGCACUAUUCUUGCAGGCACCCUCAUGGUCAAGGACGAGACAGAAUGGGAUAUUCUUCGCCAGGAUCAUGCCCUUCUUGACGAGCUCCUCCAAGCCAUUGGUUAUCCUUUAGCUCCGUCGCAAUAA